CCUCGUAGUGAGAGUAACCCCCCUGAUCACACAAACACGCAUUACUGUGGCCCUGUCUGUGUGAGGAAUGUGCUGUGCUCUUUCCUUAGUUCAGUUCCAUCCCUGUUACAAGCAGUAAAUCAGUUGGGACUCCGACAGCUCCUGUUCUGCCAUCUCCCUCAGGUAGUGGGUGCAGCCAGCGGGAUUUACGCCCAUGAUUCAGACUCACACGGCAGGAAGAGUGACAUCAUCCGAGGGCAAACACUCGCUCUGCCAUUAGAUAGGGAGAGGGGAGAGAGAAAAAAAGGGAAAAAAACUCCACCUGCUCGUCUUAACCCUCUUAUACACUGACCUCACCUGGGUUACUUACAGAGGACACUUUCUCAACCAACAAACCUGACGGGGUCCUGGAAGGAAUAUACGUGUACUGUUGAACUGAACUUUGAGAAGAUAGAGGGAAGCACAAGAUGAACUAGGCAAGGUCUACAGGACGUGAGAAGUACCCUCUACUGAUAAGGAUUCUAAGACUCAGUUGAACAAGCCCCAUCAUGUCAGGAGAAACAGUGUCACAGUCUGCAGGUAUCAGCCGUAGCCUGGCUUCCUGAUAGAGACAGACGUGUGGGUGUGGGAUACAGAUGCCCUGUGUACACAGCAGUACAGAUAUUUUUUUCUAAACUGGUAGACUGUCUUUAGGCUUCAUCUCAGAAGUAAGCCAAAGGACAUCUCAACAGGACCUGGUAAGAUGUCACUGAAGAUGUCUCUGUGCCGUAAGCCAGCCUCGGCCCGCUGGUCCAGGACCCAGAAGCGCAGGGAGGUGCUUUCUGUCAACAUGAUCAGCCUUCCAUUGGCCGACUUCCACCACGUUUCCCACAUCGGGAACAACGCCAGCAGCGACAGCUUCGGGGACCUGUCCUUUCUGAAGGGGUGGCACAGCCUGAUGCUGCACAGCUCUCAAAGUGAACAUAACCUCUUCCUGGCCUGCUACCCUCCACCCAAACCCCCACGACUUAACCUGGAUGAGGCUGAGGCCCCAAAGAUCCCAGAGUGGACCAGGGCCCAUUUGAGCCACAGUGCCUCCAAGAGGAGGAAGAAGUAUGGCUCCUUGCCCAUGCUGGACAGUGAGGAGGGCCAGGGGGAGGGGGAUGGGAAGGGGGCGAUGGAGGCCAGUGUUAGCCCCAGCCACGGGGUCAUGGUCAGCAGCCACAGUCCUGGCCGGGACAGUCUGAGCUCUGGCAGGAUUGGAGACUCCACUCAGACCUGCCAUGAGCACACACUGCAGCUGGAUGAGGUGGAAAACAGCUUCUCCUUCAGCCUGGACCUGGGCCCUUCCAUCCUGGAUGACGUGCUACAGGUCAUGGACAGGCACCACUAUUAGAGGAACAGCCAGACAAACAUGGGUCCUCAGCAAGAGACUAUACUAACAUAAUUAUAUGUGACUGGCAUUAAAACACACUAAACUGUCCUAGGAUAUGAACAGCUGACAUCAAAGAACUCCUGACUGAAAGAAACAGUGUCAGAACAUUUGAAACACUAUGGGGAUAUAAUCUCAAUCUUUUGGAUUAGCUGACUGUGGCUAAACUAUAUCAGAUGCAAUGGACUCAAGAAGAGUAAUGGAUGAGAUUUGUGGACAGAACUGUAACUACACAAAGAGAUCCUCUUCCAUUUCAUGUGAGGUAAUCUAAACCAGUGGUUCCCAACCUGGGGUACGUACAGUGCAUUCAGAAAGUAU